AAAGGGAAAACGUGGGAUACGGAACAGUGCGGGCAAGUUAUGGCUGGUGGCGAUAAUAUGCGAAUACAACCUGGUCAGACACACCAGAUGGGAGUGAGUAGGACGCAGGACGAUGCUAUGGUUGGUUACGUGUUUCAACGACCUACAGAGCCAGAAUUUAACACCCACUCUUCAGCUUUUCAAGCAAAGCAAGCUCCGAGAGCUUGGGCAUUGGCGGAGGUUAUCGUUGAUAAUAAUCAAGAAAAGUGGAAAUAUUCAAUGACUAAGCUUGGUGUACCUCAACAAAGUCAAUCUCAGCAAUUGGGAUUAACUAUGAACAAUGUACAUUUGAGUAAUGUACCAUACGAGAUACACCCAAUGCAAUUAAAAAGCGGUGCACCUGGUGCUGAACACUUGGUUUAUCUGAACAAUCAGAUGACUGCUCAACAACAGGUCGCUCUCUUUCAUCACCAGCAGCAGCAGCAGCAGCAACAACAAUUCAGAAACAGACAGGUAAGUUUUUCUAUACGAUAAGAAUCGCAUGGAUAGUUAUUGAUUUUACCCUUAAAACACGGAUUCCGCGUGAUAAAGAGCAA